GUUCCAAAUCACGGCGUCUGCACUCCGGGGUGGAGUUUCCGCCCUCGCGAGGCCCGGGCCCGGUUUCCGAGGCGGGUUUGGGGAAGUGAGAGGCGACCCAGCUCGUGACCCGGGACCCCGCGGUCCCCAGGCAGAUCCCUGCGGCCUCAGCCCCAUGGCCGCGCUGCUCUCGCUGCUCCUGGCCGCGCUCUCGGGGGGCCCUGCCGGGGCCCUGACCUGCUACGGGGACGCGGGGCAGCCGGUGGACUGGUUCGUGGUCUACAAGCUGCCGGCCAACAGCGGGGCCGGGGAGGAGGCGCAGAGCGGGCUGCUGUACAAGUACCUGGACGCGGAUUCGGGGGGCUGGCGCGACGGCGUGGGGCCCAUCGACAGCUCGGCGGGGGCCGUCGGCCGCAGCCUGUGGCCUUUGUACCGGAGCAACGCCAGCCAGCUCGCCUUCGUGCUCUACAAUGACCAGCCGCCCAAGCCCAGCGGAGCUCGGGACACUUCCAGCCGUGGACACACGAAAGGGGUGCUGCUCCUGGACCAAGAUGGGGGGUUCUGGCUGAUUCACAGCGUCCCCCGCUUCCCUCCACCUGCCUCCUCGGCCGCCUACAGCUGGCCUCAGACCGCCAGAAGGUAUGGCCAGACCCUGCUCUGCGUCUCUUUUCCCUCUGCUGAGUUCACCAAGAUUGGCCAGCAGCUGACUUACACCUACCCCCUGGUGUAUGACCACAAGCUGGACGGGGACUUCGCCCAGAAAUUCCCCAUCCUGGAAGCGGUGAUCGAGGGCCACCCUGUUCACAAUGGAUCCUGUAAAAGCCACGUGACACUCGUAUCACAGGGCAAGACCGCCUUUCAGAGCUUUGCCAAGUCCAGAAAAUUUGGAGAUGACCUGUACUCCGGCUGGCUGGCGCCUGCCCUGGCCAGCUCCCUGCAGGUCCAGUUCUGGCCUAACACGCCCGGCCUCCUACACUCCAACUGCUCUGGUGCCCAGCAGGUGCUGGACGUGACCCAGACGGCCUUCCCUGGGCCCACGGGGCCAACCUUCAACUCCACAGAAGACCACUCCAAAUGGUGCGUGGCUGUGAAUGGGCCCUGGGCUUGCGUGGGUGACAUGAAUCGGAACGUCGGAGAGCAGCACCGCGGUGGGGGCACCCUGUGUGCCCAGUUCCCCACCCUCUGGAAGGCCUUCAAGCCACUGGUGAAGACCUGUGAGCCCUGUGGGAAACCCCACAGAACGUAGAAAGGUCAAGGCUCCGCAACCAGUUUGGACUUGACUUUGAAUCCCAGGGCUGUGGCCUCAGUCUCCUCAUCUUCAAGAUGGGAAUCCAGGUUGUGGAGGAUUAAAAGAAAAUAGGUGAUGGGGGCUCUUAGCCCUUUCUUCGGGUGGGGACUGGGAAUCGGAUCAGAGUCACCAUCUUCUCUGCUCCUGAAGGACUGGGGUCAGCUGUUGUGCAGGCAAGACUGGAAGUGUUACCAGGCGGAAAGGCCCAGAUUCCACCCAAGGUUUGCCUCCCCUCUCCAAGGAAAUAAGACUCGAGUUCUGCCCCCAACAAACGCACGUGGGUGGACAUAUGCUGUCCUUCUGGGGAAGGGAGAGAGAGAGGGGUGAGCCCCAAGAAGUUCCUGCAUCACUGUGGCACUUUA